CUGUCCUCCCGAAGGUCCGCCCUCCAUGCAUGUCCACCUUGUAUAGGCCUCCCUGCUGCUCCGGGUUGCAGGCAUUCGGGUCGACAUGGUGGUCAGAGAGAGUCAGCGUCCCGGUACCAAGAGGAGUAGAGCCAUGGAGGGGCUUCAGAGGAGCAGAACUAUGGAGGGGACUUCUCCGAGGAGCAGAUCGGAGGGGCCUCCUCAGAGAGUCGACGCGAACAUCGCCCUGAUUGGAGCAGAAGACGUAGGGAAAUCUGCGCUCACCGUGCGGUUCUUAACCAGAAGAUUUAUCGGAGAAUAUGGAGACAUCGAGUCGAUACACAGUCACUGCGACAUGAUCGAUGGACGAGAGAUCUGUUUCAACAUCUGGGACUCCGUCUGUCCUCAGAAUGAGGGCAUUGCCGAUCACAACAUCACCAAACAGCUCCAGUGGGCGGACGGCUUCAUCCUGGUCUACAGCAUCUGCGAUCGCUCCAGCUUCUCCGUGGUGGAGCAGCAGGUGCGGCGUCUCAGAGGACAGGCCCGGACCAGGGGGGGUCCCGGCGCAACGCCCCCCAUCAUCAUCGUGGGAAACAAGCGGGACCUGCGGCACCGCCGCACGGUGUCCAGCGAGGAGGGCCGGCUCCUGGCCCUCACGGCCGACUGCGGCUUCUUCGAGAUCUCCGCCGCGGAGAACUACCACGGCGUGCUGCUGGCCUUCCACGGCCUGCUGGAACUGAUCCGGGAGACCAGGGCCCUAAAGAAGGGUCCUGCGGGCAUCAAGGGCAUCGUUAGGAGCGUGUCUGCGGUGUUUGGGAGGAGACGGAACGACGCGAAAGACGCGCAAGACUGAGCUGGGUUCCGAUUCAAUAUGACCGGACAAUUGGAGGCCGUGGGGAUCCCGAAAUGUAAAAAGUGUGAAUAAAAGAUGGAACUAUUCCGCCAGCGAAGAAACUAUGAGGAGUUUACGCCAACCCGGUGUUGCCGUUGUUCAUAACACCUGCUGAUCCCGUGGGCCCUGACUUGUAAAUAUCGACCAUCUUCCAAACCCUCAUCAUCAAUCAUCAAAACCCUUCCAAAAGAAAGACUAUUUAAACUCCUAUCCUGAACGACUUCUCAACAUGUGAAGACACAUCAUGAAAUGAACAUUUAUCCUAUGACAAUGUUUAAACAAUGUUCGAAUUUUAUAAGAAGCAAUUUUUUCCUUAUAUUUUUUGUAAAAACCAAACAUACAAAAUGUGAAUCUGUCAAAUGUUUGUUUAUUUAUUUGUUGAAAGUUUGACCCAGUCCUGUUCAAAUACAAAUCAAGGAUUAGAAUGCAUGUUUUUGCUCUGAAAGUAUUUGAACAUUAAAAGAUUAUUCAAGCCAGC